AUGGAGCCGGAGAACGGAGGCGUGGCACCUAGUAGGGAUGCUGUCAACAUCUACUUCGUCAAACUGGAGCCGGAGGACGGAGGCAUGGAGGUCGCAGGACCUUCAACUACAAUUAACAGCGGUGCGGGGACAUCUACUGCAGGGAGCUCUGAGCGCAUGGAAGACGCGUUCCACCAGCCAGCCAACACCCAUGCAACAAACAAUGCCGAGUCAGUGUUGGAAAUGGCAAUCGUUCCAGCAAUGCCGACAAGCACACCUUUGCAGACCAGCACAAGCAACACUCAAGCAGAUGAAACAGCCGCCGAUACUGAAGUGAAUGAUGAAACUGAUGAUGAAGCACAAGGGGAUGAAGAUGGUGGGCAAUCAGAAAUCAUAGUACCUCAGGCACCGUAUCUUGGGCAGAGAUUUGAUUCGUUUGAAGAUGCAAAGGAAUUCUACCAGACAUAUGCAAAGUUCCAUGGGUUUGCAGUCAACACCGAAUACCAUAGGAAAAUUAAAAAAACUAACGAGUACAGCAGAGGAAUGGUCCAGAUACUCUCCCUCAUCCACAACAAAAAUGGGACUCUGAGUAGCAUGCCCUACAUACCGGCGGACGUCACAAACCUAAAGGCAAAGUACCAUAGAGAAAGCAAGUUGGCUGACAUAGAAGCCACGAUAGCCUACUUCGAUGAGAAAGUGAAAGAAGAUCCAGAUUUCUUCUACAGGAUAAGAUUGGACGAUGAGGACCGUGUCAGGAACUUGUAUUGGGUGGAUGGUGCUGCAAGAAGAGCCUACAAACAUUUCCGAGACUGCAUUUCAUUCGACGCGACAUAUCUCACCAAUAUGUACAAGUUGCCAUGCGCUCCAUUCGUAGGAAUAAAUAACCACAAUCAGUCAUUGCACUUCGGAUGCGGGCUCGGUCGGACCGAAGACACGGAUGGGUACAUUUGGCUGUUCAAGACCUUCUUGGAGUGCAUGGGUGGACUUGCUCCGAUGAACAUAAUAACUGACCAGGAUUUUAGCAUGCGUGCAGGCAUAGAGGAGGUCUUUCUGUUGGCAGUGCACAGGCACUGCAGGUGGCACAUUGUAAAGAAGGUUGAGGAGACGCUAGGACCGCUCUUUGCUGACCGUCCAGAGCUGCAUAAGGUAUUCGAGCUGUGCAUGGACCACAGCUUGACGGUGGAGGAGUUUGAAAGGAUCUGGAUGGCUAUGAUUGAAACAUAUCAAGUCCAAGACCACGAGACGCUUGCUAGCUUGUGGGAAAAGCGAAUGUACUGGGUGCCGGCCUACUUCAUGCAGUGCUUCUUCCCGUUUCUGUAG